UGAUGUCAUAAUUUAUUCACCAACUUUUGAACAACAUCUAAUAGACAUUGAUAAUGUCCUUAAUCGGAUAAAAGAAAGCGGCCUUACAUUAAAACCAUCGAAAUGUUUCUUUUGUCGCCGGGAAUUAGAAGAUCUGGGCCAUAUAGUCAGUACUGACGGCAUUCGACCUGAUCCAGAUAAUUAGAGGCGGCCCGGUCUUUUUCCGUACCAUCUAAACCUAAAGAUGUACGAGCUUUCUUAGGUCUUACGGGUUAUUAUAGGCGUUUUAUUAAAAAUUACGCUGAGAUUGCUGAACCUCUUUUUGAAUCGAUCAGAGAAAAACAUAAUCCUGUUUUUGUAUUCACUCCUGAUCGACAGCAGGGCUUUGAACUAUUAAAAGAACGCCUUAUUUCUGCACCGAUUGUUACAUAUCCGAAUUUUGAUCAUCCAUUUAUGCUUCAAUUAGAUGCAUAUGACUAUGGACUCGGUGCCGUUCUUGCUCAAAAUAUCGAAGGCAUUUCAAAUCAUCUUGGCCGUCGAAAAACUCUACAUCGAUUAGCAAUUCGCUUUCAUUGGGGCGGAAUGAGGCGCCGCAAACGAAAGAAAGAAGGUUUAAUGCAAUCUCACGUAGUACAAUCGCCUUGGCACACUAUCGGAGUUGAUUUAACUGGUCCUUUACCUAAAACUCCGCGCGGAAAUACCUACAUCCUAGUAGUAGUCGAUUAUUUCACGAAAUGGGCCGAAUUUUUCCCUCUAGGCAUCAUUAAAUCGAGAAAUAUCGGUCAACUACUGCAUGACGAAGUCAUUUGCCGUCGUGGCAUUCCCGUUAAAGUUGUUUCCGAUAACGGUGCACAAUUUGUUGCCGACGUUUUUCGAGAAACUUUAACGAUCAUGGGUAUCCGGCAUCGAACGACCGCUCUUUAUCAUCCUCAAUCAAAUUUAUCUGAGCGUGUCAAUCGGACAUUAAAGCUCAUGUUGGCUAUUUUUCCCGAACAUAAUAAAGAAUCUUGGGAUAUACGCAUUUUUAAUGUAUGUCGAGAACUGAAACUACCACUCGAUCUCAUGUACGGUCCCGAAACGGAUGUUCUUGAUGAGUUAAAAUCAUCUGAAGAAGUCCGAGCCUACACUGAACGACUUAAAGCUAUUCUUGCCUCUGCACAUCAGUCGGCCAGAGAAAAUUUGGAAAUUGCUCAACAAGGACGAAAGUUUCUUUAUGAUCGACAUCGUAAAGAUGUCCAGUUUAAAGAAGAUGACCUUGUUUUGAUGGCUAACACCUCAGAAUCAGCCUUAGGCAAAUGGGCCCUUCCUAAAUUAGCUCCUAAAUGGAUCGGUCCUUUUCGAAUUUCACGCAAGAUUGGUCCUCUAGACUAUGAACUGGUUUCUUUAGAGGAUGGUGCGGUUGUUUCGUCUAUUCACGUCGAAAGACUGAAACAGUAUCACCGUUCAUCGUCAAUUCUGGUUCCAAAUGCAUAA